UUGGCCACUUAAUGCUGCUACUACUACUUUUCAAUGCAACCCUGCUACUCGUUUGACACAACUCAAUUGAAUGUCGAAGAAAAAGAAAAAAGUAGUAUGAGUGUUGUGUUUGUGUCAAACGCUGUCGUCUGGUUUUUGUCCUCUUCCCAUUACUCGUUAGUGGAAAAAUUGUUUUUGUUUUUGCAGUUUUAGUUUAUUGUUUUUUUGUUUCAUCGUUGAACAAAAGUCAAACGCCGUUUGCCGAUUGUCAAAUUGUGACAUUCAGUUUUCUCUCAACAAGGCAAUGAAUGAACGCAAAUCAAAAAGAUUGAGCAAAAGAUAUGUGUAAAUAAUUGGCUGGGAAAAUACGAUUGCAGCGGCGGCGAGGGCUUAUCCAUUUUUUGUCCACAUAAUUCUGUUUGGUUUUACAACGACCGACCGACCGACCAACAGUAACAAAAGAAAUUACAAAAAUUCAUUGAGAUAUCUCCCAAUAAAAAAAUGAAUAACGAAACUACAAACACCCAAGAAGAGGAAAAAGCAGCUACAGCUGUGACAGAAGAUGAAACUAAAAUUCCAAUGAAAUCCCCCGAUAGCCCCACCAUAAUACAAGACAAAACCAAUUCAAAUGAAAUGGAACAACAACAAUCCAAAGAAGAUAGUAGUGAAACUUCUCAGGAUUUGAAACAAGUUGAUGAUUUAGAACAAGUUCCCACAAUAACUAAAGAUACAGUUAAUGAAUCUGGGCUGGAGACCAAAUUGACAUGUGAAGACAGUCCAAGAAUAUUGGAUGAUUUCGGAGAAAAAGAAAAUGAAAAGAAUAAUUUAAAUAAUAAUGCGGCUAAGGAUGGUAAUGAAGAGGAGAGUGAAGUAGCGAAUAAGAAUAAAGUGACAGAGAAGGGGAAUGCAAAUACGGAAGAUAAUAAGCAAAUGUCUGAGGAAAGCAAAGAUCCUCAGCAAGAUAACAAAGGUACGGAAAUUAGUGAAGAGAGUGAAAAACAGAAAGAUACAAGUGGUGGUGACAGUAAAGAAAAUAAUUUGGCCACCGAUGAAGACUGCUCUAAAGUGUCUGAAGUUUCCACAGAAGAUUCAAAGGAUCCCAAAGCUCCUUCUUUGGAGGAAAAUAAAGAAGAGCCAGAAAAAGUACCACCGGAUAAUUGCCUCUCAGCGUCCAAUGAGGAACCUGAUGAGAUGGAAUGUGAAGAUGUUGAAAUACCCGAAAAUGAAGAAGAUGAACUCAUAGUGCCCGAUGCCCAUCUGUGCAAUGGCGUUGUCGAAGAUGAUGAUGAUGAUGAUGCUGAGAAGGAGGAGGUCGAUAAUAACAAUGAUGAGGAUAAGCAUAACCCUCUAGAAGAUGAUAAUGAAAGCAAUUCCAAGCCCAUGUCAACCGAAGAUGAAUCCACGUUUUCCAAUCAAGAACCAGAACUGGUGGCCAUUGAAGAGUCAAUUAACUCCAAAGAUAAAAUGGAAGAAGAAAAUGCUACAGUAAACCAAAACGAGGAGGAUGAUGGUGGAAGCGGUAUUGCCAAUGAUCCAUUAAACUGUUUGGCUGAAAAUCACGGGGAAGAGGAAACAAGUAAGGACAGUCAAGCUGCCUCUGCCAAGACCAAUGAUGAAAAUAGCAAUAGCAAUGACAUGAUUGGUGAAGGCAGCGAAUCCAAGGAAUCCACUAAAUCUCAAGGAGAUAAUGACGAGGAUGAUGAGGUACUGUUUGUGGAAACCCGCAACUCUCCCAUUUGUAUAGAAUCAGAUGAUGAAGAGGUUGCGAGGACCCCGCCACCAACCGCGACGGCCACAACAAAAAGUACUCCCCCGGUUCCUGUAGUAGAGAAGAGAGAAACUCGCCAAAGUGCCCGCAGGUCAAAUGAGAGUGAAAGACAGACCAUUAACUUGCCGAAGGCCACAAUAACGGUACCAAAAAAUCUAACUAUUACCAGGACAAGUGCCCGUAAAUCAACGGCCAGGCCACCGCAGGGCAUGAAUACAUCUCCCGUGCCAUCGCCUUCUGUAGCGCAACAAAAUCGUCCAAAAAAUUUCCAAUAUUUACAAAAUGCCACAACCUACAGACGUUCAUUGCCCAACCCGCCAAGACAGGUGGUGGAUACCAUUGAACUGUUGGACAGUUCCGAUGAGGAAAGUCAAUCCACCUCAAGUAAUCACAACUACUUUAAUAGAUCCUUGCCCUAUAAUUAUGGAACUCCGCCCAAACGCACACUAAUGGCUGCCAAGAAUCCCAACAAGAAAAGUCCCAACAAAAUUCCCAAUUUUGGCUUUACGAUGCCGAGUAAUUUUGCGCCACAAAUACGGCGACAACCCAAGAAACCCGCACCACCACCGCUACCUCCGGCCACACCACAAUCAAAAUUCUUAGAUAACUUCAAACUACAGCCGGCCACAGUGGAUGUAGAAAAUCCGCCAGCAUUUUCAGCUUUGCUGUCCAAUAAAAAUGUCAUCAUACCAAAUGCUUUCUAUGGCAAUCCUCCCGGCAUGAGGACCCCCGACAUGGAAGUGGAACGUCGCUAUGCCCGCUGGCUGGAAAUGUUUAUUGGCCAUUUUUGCAAUCCCCAAUUGGUGGCAUCCCAUUCCUGCCUUUCAUUUAUACAGAAAUCCCUGAAAUACACGGACUUCGUCACGAUAAAAGCCAUACGUCUCAACAUGAAUACGGAAGCACAAACGGCGGGAGGUGACCAACAAACCAACACUUCAUUGGCCGCGGAGUUACGUUCAAUAUUUUUGAAAAACUCCAAAGAACUAACGCCCCAUGGGAGACGGUUUUGUGAGCUGACCUGUGCCAUAGGUCAAAAUAAACCCAUUACCUUGUUGGUGCAUGCCAUUAGCGGCAAAGUAAUGGUGAAAAGUUGUAAUUUGGAAAUACCCAGUACGUCGGCUGCCACUGCAAUGGGGUCGUGGGCGGCUGUCUCGGCAAAUAAUGCCAACUCCUCCAGCAAUCGCAAACGUCAGCUGGAAGCUGAUGAAGAAGAAUAUGUACCUGGUAAAAAGAAACAAAUCUCAUCGGCGGCGGCAAAUUCUGCAACAGCCUCCCAUGAAAAUACCGAUCAAAGUAGUGGCGAUGGGGCGGGUGUGUCAGGUGGUGACGGUCCCAAACGGUCUCUGCGUUCCAAACGAACCAAACGUUUGGACAAUAGUUUCAGUUAUAAUGAAGAUGAUCUGGCUGAAUACGAUUUGGAAGAUGAGGAGGAGCAGGCGGAGCGCUUGGCCCGUGAGGCAGUCCAACGGAAGAUUGAUCAAAAACGUUUGGAGGCCCAAAGGCAGAGACAGAAGCAGGCGCAGUCUUUUGAAAGUGCAUUCCUGAAGACGUUUGCCAGGACGGCAGAUGGCAAGGUUUUGACUAAUUUGCCGCCGGCAAGGAAAGCCGUGGCACCUCCUCCUACCCAACAAAGGCAACAACCACAACAACAACGACGUCCAGUUAUGUUACCAAGCUAUCAUCGGGAUGCCGAGGAACAUUUAAGGGUAAAUUGGAUAGAAAAUGUGGAAAAUGAGGAUACCCAGGUUAUAUCGGAUGACGAUGAGCCUAGGGAGCAUAGGAUUUAUAAGCAGAAACAGCAACUUUAUGCCCAGCAGCAGAGACAGGCAGCACAGCAACAACAACGACGAAAAGUCUCCUCCCCGUCAUCUUCCGCCGCCGCCGCCUCGGCAUCAAACAAAGGUGGUUCCCCCCAAAUCAACAAUCCCCGCCUAUGGCCCAAAAAUACCGAUCCCACUCACAGCGUCAGUUCCAAAAACAAAGAUAUCUGCCUGAUCUGUAAACUCAAUGUCCAGCGUAUUGUCCAUCACUAUGUCAAUGAACAUCGUGGCUGCGAGGUGUACAAUUCCCGACUAACCUCAUUUCAAGUGGAACAACUGAAACGUGGAGCUUGCAACAUACAAAAUGUAAGCAUCUACAAAAAUGGCCAACCCCAGUAUGAGGCCCAUUGUAUUUUCUGCCAGAAACAGUCACGUUUCAUGUUUCCCUAUUGGGUGCAACAUUUCACCAUGCACACAGGCGAGUAUGCCUAUCGCUGUUCCGCCUGUGGCAUUCGUAAGCCCACCAGAUCUCUGUUGACGCAACAUCAGUCCCAGGGCUGUGUCAAUGGUGGGGGCACGGUAAUGGUCGAUUAUAAUUAUGAUUCACGAAAGAUACGGGUCGAGGCUCGAAUUUGUACCCUCUGUAAUUAUGUCCAGCUUCAUCGGAACAAUAUUGUCAAACAUUUACACCAACAACACAAUGUUAAACAAAUUCUGCCCAAGCACAUACAAACAAUUGUCCUGCUAAAGGAAGCGGGCGCUGUGGAUUCGGCUGCAGGUAUAGAAGAGUUAAGACAUCAAUCCAGACGUUCAGCCUCCCACUCCUCGACGACGACGGUAGUUGCAUCUCAUAACUCAAAUAUUUCGUAUACAAUUGAUGAUGACGACGACGACGAUGAUGAUGAUGAUGAGGAGGGGGAUGAUGAUACUUUACUCUUUAGCGAGGAUGCCCUGCCACCUAUCGCCCAGCAACAACAGCAGCAGCAUGUUGUGGAACCUCAACAAAAUCAAUACUACAAUUAUAUACCGCCCUAUAUGAUGAAUCAAAUCCAUAAUCAACAACAAAAUUUCACCUGGGAGGACAAUGAUCCCACUGAUGAUCUAUCGUUUAUGAUCUGUGGCAUGUUGGAUGUACAAAUGAACAAUAAAAAGCAGUAAUGAAGAAAAGAGAUCACAGCAUUUCUGGCGUUUGAAAAAAAAGAAAACAAAACAGAAAUUCCUAAAUAGUUUUAUAUGAUCUAGUAGCCCCACCCGGCCAAGCUAGUUCGGAAUGCAGGCACAGAUAGAUAUUUUGGAAGAAAUCCCCUGGGAAGAGGAAAGUCUCAACUGUUUCCCUUUCUUUUCGAUAAUUUCAAGAUUUCUUUUAUGAUCUAUUCUGGGUCUGACUGCCGAGCAAUAGCAACUUUUCUCCAUGUAAUUUUUUUUAAACAAGAAUCGUAAUCUAGUUUAGGUUUACAAAAAUAACAACAAUAAAAUAAUAAUAAUAUUUAGUAUAUUAGUAAUACAAAAAGAAGCAAAAAUUCGCAACUGAUAUCCAAUGUGUUGAAAGAAUAACAAGCAAUCAAACAAUAUGGAAUUCAGAGCAAGAAGUAAAGGAAAUUGUUUUUGUUUGUAGUUGAGCGGGAACGUUAUGUAAGAGAUGUUCAGAAAGCAAAUCAACAUAUGUUAACAUGUAUGAAUUUUUGUUUUUCUUUUUUUAUAAAAUAUUUUUUUCUAAUAUAGAAGAUGGAUGAAAUAGCGCUUUAACGUAUUGUUAAAUUAAAUUACAAGAAAAUUAUUUAAGUUUAUUUUUUUUUUAAAUAUUUAAUUUGUAAUAAAUAAUAAAACGGAAAAUCAAA